CGGAGGCGUGCGUCCGCGGCGGACGGGUCGCUCUACUGUGCAGUGUGGUGUGUGUAUGGUGUAAGUUGUAACGAACGAGGCCUUACCAUGGCGAUAUGCGACAAGUGGGUCGCGAUCAAGAUACUGGAGUUUUUGAUGUGCGUGGCGUGCCUGGUGGCAAAGCGUGUGUCUACCGAUGACGAGGCGCGUCUCGCUCUGCUGCUACAGAAGUUGUCCCGGGAAUGGUCACUUCUGACAUCCGUAACCUGGGACGCCAAUGGGGGCGCGUUUGCUGAUGCGGUUUAUGGAGGUUACGUCGUGAUAACCUUCGCCUUAAUCAUCGGCAGAGUCUUCCAAGAGAUACCGAGGGGCCGGAGGAUUUUGGAAGGCAUUUUUCUCGGCUUCGGAUUGAUAUUCUUCCUUAUUUUGGGUGGUCUAGAGUUGGCGUCUCUAGAUUCAGUACCAAAUAAUUUGAUAGUGAACGCGUCGGUGCUGGGAUCGCUGUCUCUAGCGGUGGCGAUACUAUUCCUCAUAGAUCUCAUGGGUCCCAGGGUCUACACCGCCACACGUCCCUCGCAGACGGAUAAGACAUCACACGCGACAGAGAAGAAGAUAGCUACUGUGACGGAAACUAAAACCAACGGCCAUAUCCCGAACGGAAAGCAGAACGGACACGUACCAGCGGAGAGACCCAAGGACUUGGAUCUAGACGAGGGGAAGAACACGGACAAGCUUGACUCCAAGGACGAGGCGGACCUCUUCCAUGAAUCUAAACCAUAUACGAAGCUUGACGACCUUCCCAUAGAAAAGGUUUUGGAGAGGUCAAAGUUCGGUUCAUUGCGGAAUGGAAUAGAGUCGGGUAACUACGUCCGGUUAUCCGACCCCCUCGCGCCGCUCAAUAUACCGGACAGGCUGCACUACGAGCAGGAGCUGGCGAAAUUCAACGAGAAGUAUUUGAGAGAGUACAUGGACUACGGCCCGGGCAGGCUCGCUGUCAAAGAAAACUACCUGCCUGAACUGCAGACACCCGUGUUCUCUAAGAUACAUAAGGCGAGGACGAAGAGUGCCUACGACGAGCAGCCGCCGAGCUACGAGCAGAAGAGAUCGGCCAAGUCUCCCACCAGAGCCAGGAUAGUGCCCGCGCCCACCAUACAGCAACUAGAGGAUUACCUGAAGAGCUCCAACAGACUGAAACGGGCCGACACUCCCGCCAUGUUCCCCAUGGAGCCCAUAGAGGAGAGAGACCGGGAGGCCCAGGACACACACGGCAGGGCCUCGGGCACCCCCACCGACCCGGGGUACGUGCAGUACACGGCGGGGAGGUGGCCCGACAACACCCGCGAAAUACGGACUCCCAGGCACAGCCCCACGGACUGAUACAUAGGGAUUAGUCGGUGUACACGCGAUGGACGAGUGCCCUCAGCUUGACUCAAUUCGUUCCCGGUUUCCGUGCUCGUGGUCUAACCUAAUAUUCGACUGCCACAGCUGUGACGUCACAAGCCUCGCUUCUGAGUAAUCUCCGUCGUGUCAAGCGGCGGUCUUGUCAUCAAUCAGACUUGUGUUCCUUAAUUAUUUUAUCGCUAUUAUUACACACAUGAUUUUUUACCUACAUUGUCCCUAACACGAGUUCGCACCGUUAACUCGACACUGGCAGUUUUCGGUUUUUUUUUCUACCGUACGUUGGUAGUAUCGUGUGCGGUGAAUUAUUAAUGAAGAAUCGGUGACUGUCUUCGUUUAGUUUGUUGCCGCGAGCGCGGUUCCGGUAAGGUUAUAACAUGUUACCAAGUAGUUUUAUAAUUUUGUAUAUUUUAUUAUAAUAACAACGACGAACACUUUUUGUAAGUUAGUUCCCAUAAUAAAAUUGUAUAUAGCUAUUAAUAAAUUUUAUAUUUAUAUAAAUUA